UUGUGAAAAUCUGUAAUCCUUGUUGCAGUGUUUAUGGUUCCAAAUCGCCGGAAUCGCAGGUUAUUAUUGUGGUAAAGUCGUCGAUAAAAGGCGAAAAUUUUAUUAUGAGCACUAUAUUUAAGCUUAAACUUAGUGCUUUGGGCCAUCCUAAUCCAGAAGAUUUCAACUGUGAUGAUGAAAAGGAGUACAGGAGCGUAAUACUCUGGCUAGAGGAUCAGAAGAUCAGGCAUUACAAAAUAGAGGAAAGGGAUGGUCUCAGAAAUAUAGAGAAAGACAGUUGGAAGGAGGCUUUUAACACUUACCAGAAGGAUUUGGUCAGCCCUGUCGCUGAAGGAAGUCCUCACGAACAGCUUAACUGGAUACUAUCGUAUGCCGUAAGAUUAGAGUAUGCGGAUAAUGUUGAAAAAUAUAAGAAUGCCAAAGUGGAGAAGCCAAAACAGGCUACACCUAAUGUAGUGUCUUCCAAUCCUCUGGAUAACCUUGAUUUUUCAAGUCCAGCAUUCAAGGCAGGUGUAGAAAGAGUAUCUACAUUAGCAGGAGUUGGGCCACACCCUGACCCCAAGUUCCGGUUGUCAGCCCUAGCUAAAAUACUUAAGACAACCCCCCACCCUGAUUCACCACAAACCGAGGGGAACAUUAUUCAGCAGCCAUCCGAUGUGCUCAAGCUACUAUUUGUUCAAGACCUAAGAGAUUUGCAGACUAAAAUCAACGAGUCCUUGGUUGCAGUCCAAAAUGUUACUGCAGAUCCUAGAACUGAUACCACUUUGGGUAGAGUAGGCAGAUAAAUCAUUAAUAUCAGUGGGCAUCUUUGGAAUAAUAUAUUAUCUAGUCUGUUGUGUUGACUAAAUACAAAUAUUUAACACCAUUUUUCUUGUAACUAUGGUAUUGCAGAUGCCCAUCUUAUGUACUAAUUAAUUUAAUCUACAUCACUGCAUUUACUUAUUAAACAAUUAAGUUUCAGUGAGAGUUGACACUAUUCAAAAAUAUGUUAAGCCCAAAAAUAUUUUGAAACUCCUUAAAAAGGUGUACUUAUAUUUUCUAAAUGUAAAGUAGUGCAGUGAAAAGUACAGACUACAAGUGAACUGAUUUGUAAACUAUUUAUAUCAAUAAAUAAAACAAUUUAAUUUAAA